AUGGCUGGCAGUAAGAGAGACCAACGACGCCGCGAAGCUCGGCGUCGCCAUGCUUCGCGGCGUAGCGACGACCAGCGCCGUGGGGAUGGUCGUCCCUCCGAGGCCCGGACUCGCGAUGAUCAAAUUGAUCGUCCGGGCCAGAACCAGCACGGUCUCUUCGGUCGUCCUCUCGAGGAGGCCCACGAUGGUGGAGCCGGCCGUCCUCAGCACGACCUGGCUAGUGUCCCGCUCCCACCACGCCGGCUGGGCGACCUUGGCCCGCCGCUCGGCCCGGCUCCCAGCAACGGCCUUGCGGGCAAUCUCAGCCGAGAAGAGUGCCACAGAGCGGUGGACCGCGCAUUCGCCCAGGCUCCGCCGGGCAGCACGGCAAAAUUGCUGCAGCAGAUGGACCACCCUGCCUUCGAGCGCCGCGUGCCUAGCCUGCAAAACAUGAAGCCGGCUCCAAGGAAUAAGCCCCUGCGCCAAGACGCCCUCCCCACUUGUGGCCUUUGCGGCCGCGAAGGCCACUGCAUCGAUAUCUGCAUCAAGGCCGGCCGUUCGGGCUUCGUCGAGGGUUGUCCGCGGUGCAACUCGGCGGACCACCUCGUCGACAAGCACAUCCACAGCAUGACAGCCACGGAGCGGUUCCGCUACCUGGUUCAGAACCGCGCCGGUCUCCCCCCCUUGGCCAGCAGACUCGUCGGCUGGCCGGAGCUCGUCCGGGGAAAUCCCCCCUUGGCCUCCUCCUCCUACCCCUGGACUCGGGAGUUCUCCUCCGUCUUCUGGCGCAACCGCCGGAACGCUCGCCUGGCCGACGAGUUCAACUACACCACCAGGCGGCCCGAGCUCCCGGUCGACCCCCGCACGAUGAACCGCGAUACAGUUAUCGCCUGGGCGUGGAACGACCCCGAGUCCGAGAAGUUCAAGUCGGCUUCCCAGAUCCGACAGAACAGGGACGCCCCCAACCCCACCGGGGAGGAGCAUUGGCUGUUGCAGGAGGAGGUGGAGGAGGAAGGCCCCUCUGGUGAAGGCUGCAGCUUCUUCGACGAGUUUGACAUCGACCAUUACAUGUAA